AUGCUCUCUCGUCGAGACACGCAACCAGAGUCCCGUGGACUAGAGCCCAGUCGCUAUCAGCGUCAACAGCGACAGCAAAUUCAAGAUGCAGAUAUAGACCCUUGGACUCGCAUCCAGGGAUUCUUUAAGAUGCCAUCUCAAACAGGACUGAAUGAACUGAAUAUCAAUCACGGAUGGCCAGUUAUGGUUUUGCUACCUCUUGCCGGACUUGCAAAAAUAUUUCAUUGGCAUGCGACCAUAGUUCUCGUGGUGAAUAUCGUCGCCAUAAUAUUCUUGUCCGAGGCCAUAUCUAUCUCAUCCGAUGAACUCGCUGAGCAUCUUGGAGAACUGCAAGGUGCCUUACUCAGUGCUACAUUCGGAAAUACCGUAGAGCUCACGGCGGGCAUUCUGGCUCUAGUUCAUAACCAGAUCCCAUUUGCGCAGUCUGUCAUGGUUGGCAGUAUUCUUUCAGAUAUUCUGCUUAUCUUCGGCUGCUGCCUCAUCACAGCGUCGUACAACAAGGAUGUUCUAGAGUUCAACAGUGCCCUUGCAAAGACGUUGUCCUCCUUGAUGAUGAUCACAGCUGUGACAAUGCUUCUUCCAACUGCUCUCUACUCGACUUUCCCAGUAUCUGAGAUCGAUGAUAGAGUGCUAUCCUUCUCACGAGGAACGUCAUUGGUACUCCUCGUGCUCUAUGGAGGCUAUCUCUACUUCUACCUGGGGACACACAAGCACCUCUUCCUUUCAAGUGACAGCGAAGCUAGUGAUGAUGAAAAUGACGGAGAUUCAUCGCCCGCAGCCAGCCGAGUCAGCUUAGUUUCAUCAAUCAUCCGAUUGAUAACAGCCGUGGCGGCAACAGUCUUUUGCACAGAACUCCUGCUUGAAAGCACCAGCGAUAUAUCAAAAACACUCGGAGUCUCUGAAGUAUUUAUCGCGAUUGUUUUCAUUCCAAUCGCCAGCAAUAGUACCGAGGGAAUUUCUGUCAUUACGGCAUCUCGCACAGGUGACACAGACUCUGCGAUCCGGGUUAUCAUUGAUAGUCUCUUGCAGAUUGGUCUGUUCGUUAUACCAUUCUUGGUGAUUAUCGGCUGGUGCAUUGCUGAACCGAUGACCCUUUUCUUUGACUCGUUCCAGACUGUUUCCAUGUUUUUGGCCAUUCUGGUGGUUAAUCAUCUACUUCGUGAUGGACAGUACGCUUACAUUCAUGGUGCAAUGCUGCUUGCUCUGUAA